AUGCGUAUUGUUCGUGAAGUUCAGAUAAAGGACAUGGAUGUGCAUUAUUGGUGGCAUAAGUUUCGGGGUAAUCCGUAAAUUGAUUUGUUCGAUUUACAUAGCCGAAACAGUCGAAGCAAAUAACCGUUUAUGGUAAGCCAGUCCGUUUGAAAUUUGAAUCACUGUAAGAGGUUCAAAACUACACACGUGGAAUAUAUGUAUUCCCUGGGCAAGGAAGGUGCCUCGAGAUCCAAUAUUUCAGGAUAGGCGCUACUUAAUUGACAUCAAAAAAGCAAUAACCCUUAUGGACGACUUUGGAGUUGAAAAACCAACUACAAACGUCCAAGAUUCGACCUUUAAUGAAUGUUGAAAUCGAGAAAUUCAGUACUUGGCGUCGGACCUGUGGAGUUCCUACACCAAUAGCCUGGCCAGCCUGACAUUCGGGCUAUUCCGACAAAAACAAUUACUAUAUAGUGACAUUUUUAUAUCAUUAGUGAAAGAUUUAGCUGAGUUCCCACACUUAGUUCGCGUUAAGCCUUUCCGACAUAUCGGAAAUCAAUAAAAAAGCCCUGGAAAACGACAUUUAUAUAUAAAGCAUAAAAAGGUUUCUUCUCAUCAUAGCCAUAUCUGUCAGCACAAAAUUGGAUGUCUAUGCCAUAGAGAAUCUUCAAGCCUUCAAGCUUCUUGUUAUCUUUAUCAUCACCAUCACUAUCAAUAUCACUAUCAUCUGUAUCACCAUUAUCCCGUUAGACAUAUGUAUGUCAAAAUAUCGAAAGAAUACAUAAAAAAUACAAAUUGCAUGUAACAUUUCAUUUAUGCACAUCAAUUAAGAAAAUUAAUAGCUAAUUUACUUUUUUUAAACCUCACAUUUUUUUGAAAAGCGCGUGAUGCACAAUAUCUUAUUAUGUUGACACGUGAAAAAUUUUCCUGCGAAGCUAAGAUAAAUUAAGAUACAAACAUUUGGUCAUACACAAUUGAAAGAUAAUUAACUUGUGUUUACAAGAACAAUUAUGUUAAAUUAUAUUAAGUUAUGUUUUGAGCAUAAUUCACAAACAUAGGUUUUUAUCAAAUUCAUAAAGUUAAGAAAACUGUUCCUUAUUUAAAUAUUCGCUAAUUUGUUUAGACAUUAAUUUUAAGUUAUAGAUAACUUAUCACGUUAUCAAGAUAAGCCGUUCUUUAUUUAGAUAAAGCAUCUGGGUUAAUAUUUGUGCCAUCUGGUACGGACGAAGGGAAAGUAGGUGAAGCAUUUAACAUGACUUGCUACACAAAUGAUUAUGGAAACCCUCCAGCAAGUUUAACUUGGAAGAACAGCAGUAAUGUCGCUGCAAUUUCUACUGGCAAACCGGGAAAAGCAGUGUCAUAUACAAUUAUUCCUGUAACAAGAGACAGUACUGGUAAUUAUACAUGUAAAGCCAAUAACACAGCAGGUGAAAUAGAAAAGGCGUUCCAUUUUGCAGCAACUGAAAAACCAGACCCUCCAACUUUGAAGAUUGUUUUAAAGUCUUCAACUUCGAUUGAAAUUUUGAUGACACCACCAUCUUACACAGGAAAUAAGCCAAUAAUGUACUACACAAUACACUACCGAAUACACUACAGAGGAAAGGGAGAUAAUGCCUUGAUAAAUAUCACGAACUUAAAGUACAAUAUAGCAAACCUAAAACCAGAAAUGAUGUGUCAAGUUAGAGCAAAAGCUGUUAAUGUUAUUGGAGAAGGAGAUUUUAGUGAAUUUGUAAAUUUUAUACCGGGAGAAUUACUCAAGACAAAUUACCAAAACAUUUUUGUCAUUGCUGGAAAAUCCGUUACAUUAAAAUGGUCCAUAGCUCCUUACUAUACAAUUGUGAUUCUAAACUGCACUAAAGACGCGAUACAAAUAGCAGAUGGUGACAAUGGAACAAUUGCUAUUUUUAAAGACUGGAAAGACAAUCGAUACGAUGUAUUUGUCGAUGGGAAGAUGUAUGGCAUAUCUAUAAAAAACUUAGACGUAUCAGAUGGUGGAGUCUACACGUGUCGUUUUAUAGUAAGGGAAAAUACUGUUGUUCAGGAAAUAAUGGAUGAAAUACACGUUAUAGUGGAAGACACAUCAGAUGAAUAUAAAAUAACCAGUGGUCAAACCUUUUUGAUUGUUACGCAAAUUUAUGGCUUGACGGCGCGUACUCACGGUGUGAUCAUCAGAAUAGAUGACAUCAACAAAAGUCUGCUGUUAAAUAAAUUUAUGAAGGAGCUAAGAGAGAAUCUCGAAGACAUGUUUUUGGAAUUGCUUGGUUUCAAUGCAUCGAUUGUGAUAUCACAGCCAGUAACUUUUGGCAAAGUGAGUUUUACACUCUCCUAUAACAGUAACAUUUUAAUUGGAGUUUAUGAAGUAAAGAAUGCGUUCGAAAAAAUGGUUGCUCGAUUCAAUGGAAAUGUGUUUUUACCUGAAAAUACAUUUCAAGCUAAAAUAAUACCCAACUCAACGACAUUUCAGGAAGCAGACAUAUGUUCACAAAGUACGCUCAGACAAUGCAGCAAAUAUGCUGAUUGCAAAAACAUACUAAAAUUGUAUUCACACGCCUGCAAAUGUAAAGACGGCUUCGAAGGAAAUGGUUUAGUUUGCUCGAAGAAUACAAAUGGCAAAGGGUUGUCUAAAGGUGUUCUCAUUGGUAGCACUGCUGGAGGACUGGCUUUCAUGAUUCUUAUUGUCGCUGUUUGUUACGUGGUGUGUAAACGCUCUAAGAAAAUCACAGAAAAAUGCCAAGAAAAAGAAACUGUUGGAAAUGAACCAGUUUAUUCUGACAUAUACGACGACACUGCGGCUGCAGGCAAUCAAGAAGAUAUUGAAAUGAAAUCAAAUUAUACAGAAUUGAAACCUACGCCUGAAUCAUGCUACACUACGUUAUCAAAAACAUAGUCAUUUUAAUUAUUAUGGCUGUUUACUCGCACGCAUUUAUUGCACUACAUUUAUUUGCGUAAACAUCCUUCUUAGCACUGUACAAGUUGAAUUUAACAUUUGUUUUUUGUUGCAUACUAGUAAAUGUUUGUAAAUAUUUCCAUUGGCAGUGCCACAUAAAUAAGUUAAAUAUUAACCGUUCUCUUUCAAAUAUUAUGUUGCACUGAUACACUCUGGCCGUUCACACAUUCAGAGCAAACACAUUUAUUAAAAGUAUUAUUAUUUUUGGAAUUUAUUUUAAGGAUUAAAUGUUGCAGAUUUGGCAAAAUCCUGAUCCACAAAAUCAAAUAAAUUUUUUUUAGGAUGUUGAACUCUAAUAAAUCAAAAGUGAAUUAUUUCUUUAAUAGCUAAUACCUAUGAUGUCCGCAUAUUAAAUACGCAUUGUAUUUGUAAUGUUUUUAGAUUGAAUGUUCAUUAUUCUAAUUACUUUUAUGGUGUAAAACAAUAAAACCUGUUAGAAUCAAAGACUUAUAGGUUUAUAGUAUGUCUACGCUAGUCAAAAAUACUUUUGCUAUUUGCUUAAAUGAUU